AUGGCGACCGACGCGGUCAAAGCCGAGGUCAAACUGGAGACGAUACACGAGGAGACCAAGCAGGAGGUGAAGCAAGAGUUCAAGCCGGAGGAUGCUCUUACCCCCGGUGCGCCGUCUCUGGCGGCUACCCCUUCUCCCAGCAAGUCUCCCUCCAACAAGUCCCCUGAGCCAGCGACAAAGCCCAUCUCGCCAAACAAGGUUACCAAGCCCUCGACCAACGGCACGACUACCAAUGGCCGGCAAAAGACCCGUAAGAGUACUCUGACCCAGCAGCAAAAGAACAACAAGCGGCAGCGCGCUACCCCGGACCAACUGGCUACCCUAGAGAGCGAGUUCAACAAGAACCCGACCCCGACGGCCCAGGUACGUGAGAGGAUAGCAGAGGAGAUCAACAUGACCGAGAGGUCUGUUCAGAUCUGGUUCCAGAACCGCCGCGCCAAGAUCAAGAUGUUGGCGAAGAAGAGUCUCGAGAACGGCGAGGACAUGGACUCCAUCCCGGAGUCUAUGCGCCAGUAUCUCGCCAUGCAGGCCAUGGAGCACGGCAAGAGUAUCCCGGGCUUUCUAGGGCGCCCUGGGUAUCUUGGCUACGGGCAUGGCGAGGGUUCCGGCCAGGGCAAGGUUUUGAUUCACCACUUGAACUGUCGGUCCCUGACCAUUGGCACAUGGGUGCGCGUUGGCCAGAAUGCCAUGGACUUGAUCGUCUUCUACUCGCCUGACAAGUGCACCAUGACAUACUACAUCAACAACGAUCAGGCUGGGUACAAGAUUGAGUACCCCUUUUCUUUUAUCAAGAAUAUCUACCUGAACCAGGCCGAGGGUGAGCACGGUGGCAUCACCAUCGAGCUCCUUCAGCCCCCACUCUUUUUCAUGGACUCGUCCACGACGUCGACCUUCGUUCAGGUUACCGACUUCACCGAGAACUUCCAGGCUUCUCGGGUCUUGACGCACCAGCUUGGUGGUAACGCCAAGGUGCUGAGCACCCAGCUGGCCAAGUUGGUCAGCCUUGAUGCUUUCAUUAACCGUCAUAACAUCCCGGUUCCUCCUCCGCCUCCCCCGCCGCCGGCUCCUCUCUUCGACCAGAUGCAGCCGCCGCUGUCGAUGUCUGCCCCGGUAUCGCCUGCUCUCCGACCGGCCUCUCAGCCUAACUUUGCGCAGCCCCAUAUUGGCAUGUUCCAAGAGCAACAGUGGGGCAUUGCUCCCCAGCACACCAUGACGAUGCGCGGGCCUGGCCACAAGAGGCAGCGCAGCCGCUCCGUCCCUGGGCCUAUUGACCUUCAGACUAUGCAGUUGUUGCAGAACCCUCCAAGCUUCCACAUUACCCAGCCCGACAACCAGAGCGCGGUUCAGAGCCCACACAUCUUCAGCCCGAUUCCGCAACAACCAAACCUUCUGGGCCCGCUCAACCCAAACCUGCGGAUCGAUACACGCGCUGGCUUUGGCCUCGACAUGCGCAACUACCCGCUCUCUGCGACAACCGCCCCGACGCCGUCGGAUUUCCCGAGCCCGGGCUUUUUCGCGACCCAGCCGCAAGACACCCCCGCCAUUCCUGCUGCCAGUUUCACUCCUUACAGCGCCACUGCGCCCACCUUCUCGCCGAUGGUCAGCCCGUCGAACAUUGGUGUCCCGCCACCGUCGAUCUCGCCGCUGUCAUUUAACCACUCUGAUCCUGCGAUUGUAGGCGAAUCUCCGCCGAUAACCAUGCCCACGAUCUGCGAGGGCUCUGCCAUCUCGGACGACGGCUCGACCCUAAACGAUCUUUACCCUGCCGGCAAGCAGCAGACCAUGACCCUGCCGAUGCACCCACACUCGCCGUUCAUGGAGCCGAACCAAGCCGACAUGGAACUGAACCAGUUCAUGGACCUGAAGCGCUUUGAGAACGACCCGGCGUCUCUGUCGCCACCAGAAAGCGUUCCGGCCCAGUCAUGA